AUGGGCGAUCUUCAUGUAAACGGUGUCGUUUUCGGGGAGGAUCGCCCUUACUCCUCGUCACCGCCUUCUCCGCCGCUUCCUGUUUUGAAUCUCGAUCCUUCGUUUGUUACGGAUGAGGGUUGGUCGGCGGCUGAGGAAACCACGGCUGAGAUUCUCCGCCGGAUUCAACCUAAUCUCGCUGCUGACCGAAGGAGGAGAGAGGUUGUUGAUUAUGUUCAGAGACUAAUCCGUUUCGGUGCUCGCUGCGAGGUCUUUCCAUAUGGGUCAGUUCCAUUAAAAACAUAUCUUCCAGAUGGAGAUAUUGAUCUGACAGCACUUAGUUGUCAAAACAUUGAGGAUGGCUUGGUAUCUGAUGUUCAUUCUGUUCUUCGGGGAGAGGAAAACAAUGAAGCUGCUGAAUAUGAAGUAAAGGAUGUUCGAUUCAUUGAUGCAGAGGUUAAGCUUGUAAAAUGCCUUGUACAGAAUAUUGUUGUAGACAUCUCUUUCAAUCAGUUAGGAGGACUCAGUACACUAUGUUUUCUUGAGAAGGUUGACCGUCUUGUAGCCAAGGAUCAUAUCUUCAAACGUAGUAUUAUCCUGAUAAAAGCUUGGUGCUACUACGAGAGUCGUAUUCUUGGUGCCCACCACGGGCUGAUCUCUACCUAUGCUUUGGAAACACUGGUUCUGUAUAUUUUCCAUCGAUUUCAUGUGACCUUAGAUGGUCCUCUGGCAGUUCUCUACAGAUUUUUGGACUACUUCAGCAAAUUUGAUUGGGACAAUUAUUGUGUAAGUUUGAAGGGACCAGUUGGCAAAUCUUCUUUGUCAGAUGUAGUAGCUGAGGCACAGGAAAAUGGAGGGAAUACUCUGCUGACUGAAGAAUUCAUUAGAAGCUGCGUGGAAUCAUUCUCGGUACCUCCAAGAGGACUUGAUCUAAAUUUGCGUGCAUUUCCCCAUAAACAUCUUAACAUCAUUGAUCCAUUGAAGGAAAACAACAACCUCGGCCGUAGUGUCAAUAAAGGUAAUUUCUUUCGAAUACGCAGUGCAUUUAAGUAUGGUGCCCGUAAACUUGGCUGGAUUCUUACGUUACCAGAAGAUAGAAUAGCAGAUGAGCUUAAUAGGUUCUUUGCGAACACUUUGGAUAGGCAUGGAAGCAAUCAAGGCAAUGAAGACAAUUCAUUUUUGUGUUUAUCUACUGGAUUGAAAGAUACAAUAACUGGAAAUCCACAUAAUUAUGAAAUUAGAAAUGAAAGAGAAAGAUAUGUAGUAAAAGAUGUCCCUUCUUUGGUACCGCCAUCAUUUGACUCCUCUGGUGAUGGAAGUGCAGUUGCAACUUACAAACUUAGUGAAGAUUCUAAAGAUGUUGAAACAUCUGGAGUCUUGGGUAUUGCGAACAGUAAUGGUUUGUCAUAUUGUUCAAAUGGGAAAGCUGAAAAUAGGACUUGUAGCAAAACAGAUGUAAAUUCUGUUUUUGAUGAUGAUAAAGAGAAGCAUGGUAUGGUAAGCAAUUCUCCCAGAUCACAUACUGUUGAAAAGAAUAUGGCAUCUAAUGGUUCAACAGUUUUAGGAGAUGCUGCUAAUAUUCUUGAAAAUGAUUUCUUUCAUACUGAUAGAUACAAUACUAGUGUUUCUGGGGGAACUGAAGCUUCAAAAUCAUUGUUGGACCUUGCUGGGGAUUAUGACAGUCACGUUGCAAACCUACAAUAUGGCCAGAUGUGCAAUGGUUAUCCUGUCUCUCCUGCUGUGGUCCCUAGUCCUCCUAGGUCUCCCAAGUUUCCUAAUAGGAAUCCUUGGGAAACUGUUCGUCAAUGUUUACAGAUGAACCAUGGCGUUCAUCCUCAGACAAACACGAAUUGUGUUGUGGGACAACUUUACCUCGUAAACCAUCCUACUCUACCAGUGUCCUCUUUUGUCGCAGAAGAAAAGAGAAAGCCACGAGGAACAGGCGCAUACUUCCCUAAUAUGAAUUCUCGCCCAUUUAGGGAUAAUAGGCCAAUGCUGGGUAGGGGAAGGGGUCAAGCCCCUGGUACCCAUGGGCAUUUACAGAGAUACACUCAUAACAAUGGGUUCGCUCUAGCUUCACAUGAGUUGAAUUUGUCUGUGGAAGGAAAUUCUGAACCUGCUCUUAGUAAUGGUAGAGCCAGAUCUUCAGAAACCUAUUUCUCUCAAUCUCCCACAUGGGGAGCACGCAAUGCUAAUGGUUUCCCUCACCCGUCUGACAAACACGAGUCUGGUUCUGAGAGCCCUCAGCUUCGUGGAUCCCCAAGAACUGAAGUGAGCAAUCACCCAGACCAAGGCAUUUCCACUCCUAGGGUAUCUGUGCCUAACACAGGGAUAGUGACAGAGGAGAGCUCUAAUUCAUUGCCUGUAGCGGAUCCCAAAAGGAUUGAAGUGCAAGUAUAUCAUUUGAAGAAUGAAGAUGACUUUCCUCCACUUUCCAACUGA